CACCUUACCCUCUCUGGGCCGACCUGCAGGGGUUCAUUCCUGCUCCUGACCCCACUGGCCAAGACUUGUGGGAAUCAGCCCAACUAUUAUUGGCUGUCACUGGUAUUCUUAGCUUUAUUGUUGUUGUCAUUAACAGUUAAACUGUUAUUUCAAGAUAUAAAGAUAUGGUGGUCUUGGGACUUCCCUGGCAGUAGAGUGGUUAAGACUGCACGCUUCCACCGCAGGAUGCACGGGUUUGAUCCCUGGUCAGGGAACUAAGAUCCUGCAUGCUGGUGGCGCGGCCAAAAAAAAAAAAAAAAGACAUGGUGGUCUCGCCAAAGUUGGCUUCUUAUUCUUGAGCCAUGGUUGUUUAUCUCCCUGGAGGCUGGGGUGGGGUGACAGAUAACCUCCCGUUUGCUGUGUUCCUCUACCUGCAUUCCUCCCCCACGGUCUGGGAGCAGCCAGGAUGAAAUGAAACCAGGUUGUCAGUGCUCUUUCAUUCAUUCUGCCAAAAUCGCUGCAGCCACAUGUGGUCUCUUCUUCACCUGCCCUAAAGGGUUCAACUGCUGUGGUAACAGCUGCUGCCAAGAGUACCAGCCAGAGCAGUACGAGCUCUUCUCUGGCCCCUUGAGGAUCUUUGUCAUCGUCUUUCUGAUCAUCAUACCCCUCUUGUGCAUCUGUGGCCUGGCUAAGCGCUUCUGUCGCAACUGCAGAAAGUUGGAGCAGGACCCCCCAGCGGAUCAUGAGGGGCCCCCAGAACGGCCCCCCAUUACUCCCGCAGAGAGGGUCACAGCAACCAUUUCUGAGCCCCCACCCCCCUACAGUGAGAUUAUCCUGAAGCCCGUCGUGGGUCUGCCUCCCUUGGAGCCACCCCCUCCCUACAGCUUCAGGCCUGAGGAACACGCCAGGGUGCGCAGCGGCAUCGACAACCCCACCUUCUGAAGCACCUUCUGCCUGGAACCUUGUCAUCGGCCGCCUCCUCCCCAGGGCCUCCUGGAUCAAGCCAGAGACUCGCCCCCGCCCGUCGUGCCAGACCUCUGGCCAUUCUUGGCUUUAACUUAUUGCUUUUCCUACUCCCAUUCCACGCCAGUUGCUUCUCUUGUCCCAAGGGCUGGUCUGGAGUGACGUGUCCACCCCUCCCUCACCCGCCAUUGCAAGGUAGAGGCUGCCUGGAGGAAAAUGUGAACAGCUGGAGGUGCCCAGCGGUGGAACGAGCUGCUCUGAGAGUGGAGGGAGCUGCGCUCUGGCGGUACGAGUGUGGAGUGGACGGCCAGCUCUGAGAUGUUUUGCAGGGCGCUGAUGCACUCUGGGAGACAGGACUGCCUGAGCUCUACCUGGGCUCUGCUUUCCAUUCUACCUGACUAGAGAA